AUGGCGAUCUGCGCGCAGUCGUUCGGCGUUUUCUGCCUCUUCGCGAUCCAAACUGUACUUCUCAUUUACGUUUCCACGCCGACAGCCGGGACCCACCUCUUCCCUCAGCACUACACAAUGAUUCACUGGGCUGGACGUAUUGAGAAGGAGCUGGAAAAGGUUCUUCAGCACGUCACCGGAACUCAGCAGAUGAGAUCGAUUUAUAAUGAGAAGAAGAGCCAGUUUGAAAUCAAGAGAAACAACCCAAAGGACUUGGUAGAGCGAGUUGCGCGAGACAUAUCCAAGCUGCUCAACAGCAAGAGAAAAGCCCUGGAGAAACUGGCCAAGGAGGCUGAGCUGCUUCAGAAGGAGCACGUAUGGCAAGAUGGUGUAACGGAGAAUGCCAUUUCAUACUACGAUUCCAAAGCGGAUUCAGACUAUCAGACGGAGGACGGAGAAGAGGAACUCCCAAUCGAGACCUCGACCUCUUUGGAGCUGGAGUUUGUGGAUGAUCCCAAUUUUAAGAAUAAGGUCAACUAUUCAUCCAGCGCGGUGCAGAUUCCUACAGACAUAUACAAAGGCUCCCCUGUCAUCCUAAACGAAUUAAACUGGACUCAAGCGCUAGAGAGGUUCUUCAUUGAAAACCGCAGAGAGGACAGCUCUCUUCGCUGGCAGGUGUUUGGCAGCGCCACAGGAGUGACACGAUACUACCCAGCAACUCCAUGGAGGGCACCAAACAAGAUUGACCUAUAUGAUGUCCGCAGAAGACCAUGGUAUAUCCAAGGUGCAUCGUCUCCAAAAGACAUGGUCAUAAUAGUAGACGUGAGUGGAAGUGUCAGCGGACUUACUCUGAAGCUCAUGAAAACCUCCGUGAUUGAGAUGCUGGACACACUAUCAGACGAUGACUAUGUGAAUGUGGCCAGGUUCAAUGAAAAGGCUGAUGCUGUCGUUCCAUGCUUCCGGACUUUGGUCCAAGCCAACGUUCGUAACAAGAAGAUCUUCAAGGAAGCCGUCAUGCAUAUGCAAGCCAAAGGAACCACAGAUUACAAAUCUGGCUUCACAUUUGCUUUUGAGCAGCUUCUCAAUGAGAGCAGUGCCCCGAGGGCCAACUGCAAUAAGAUGAUAAUGAUGUUUACAGAUGGUGGGGAGGAUCGUGCCCAGGAUAUCUUUGAAAAGUACAACUGGCCAAACAAAACAGUGCGAGUUUUUACGUUCUCUGUUGGCCAGCAUAAUUAUGAUGUCACCCCACUGCAGUGGAUAGCGUGUGCUAAUAAAGGUUAUUACUUCGAAAUUCCAUCGAUUGGAGCCAUAAGAAUCAACACACAGGAGUACUUGGAUGUGCUGGGCCGUCCCAUGGUGCUAGCUGGGCCUAAAGCCAAGCAGGUGCAGUGGACAAAUGUCUACCAGGAUGCGCUGGGUUUGGGCCUCGUCAUCACCGGGACGAUGCCAGUCUUCAACCUUACUGUAGAUAGUGUAAGCUCUCAGAAUCAACUCAUCCUGGGAGUUAUGGGAGUAGAUGUUGCAAUCAACGAAAUAAAAAAGAAGACACCGACGUACAGACUUGGAGCUAACGGUUAUACCUUUGCCAUCGACCCAAACGGUUAUGUGCUGCUGCAUCCUAACCUACGACCCAGGAUCAUUAACUUCAGGGAGCCUGUCACCCUGGAUUUCCUGGAUGCAGAACUAGAGGACAGCAACAAAGAGGAGAUACGUCGACAGAUGAUUGAUGGCAAAUCGGGGCAAAGAAAAAUCAAGACGCUCAUUAAGUCAGUUGAUGAGAGGUACAUUGAUGAAUCUAUGCGGACAUACACAUGGACUCCUGUGGAUGGCACAGAUUACAGUCUAGGGUUGGUAUUGCCUACGUAUAGCGAGAACCACAUCAAGGCCAACCUAAGUGACCAGAUCCUCCAGGUGCAGUUGCCAUACACCAAGGAUUUUGAAUCACUGCUGCCAAACAGUUUUGAGUCUGAAGGACAUGUAUUCAUUGCUCCCAGGGAGUACUGCAAUGAUCUUGAACUAUCCAACAACAACACGGAGUUCCUGCUCAACUUCAUUGCUCUUAUGGAAAAAGUGACACCGGACUCCAAACAAUGUGACAAUUUGCUCCUUCACAACCUGAUUCUGGACACUGGCAUCAUCAGACAGCUGGUUGAGAAAGUGUGGAAGAAUAAAGAUUUGAAUACAUACGGUUUCCUAGCCGUGUUUGCUGCGACUGAUGGAGGUAUAACAAGAGUUUUCCCAAACAAAGCUGCAGAAACCUGGGAGGAAGACCCUGAGCCGUUUAAUGCCAGCUAUUACCGCCGCAGCCUCGACAACAAGGGCUACAUCUUCAGAGCACCUUAUCGAACAGCCAGAGAUGAGCUACUGAACCCAGAAAAUGAUACCAUAGGCAUUCUGGUCAGCACAGCUUUGGAGAUAACAGUAGGAGGGAAGACCAUCAAGCCAGCAGUUGUCGGAGUGAAGUUGGACCUUGAAGCCUGGACUGAUAAGUUCAAGAUUCUUGCAAGCAAUCACACAGACAACCGUCAAGGCUCAAACAUGUGUGGACCAAACAGGGGCUGUGAGAUGGACUGUGAAGCCAACAGUGAUGAUCUCCUGUGUUAUUUAAUAGAUGACGGUGGAUUCCUUAUCAUGUCCAAUCAGAGGAAUGACUGGAACAAGGUGGGAAUGUUUUUAAGUGAUGUUGACCCCAGCUUGAUGUACGCUCUCUACAACAACUCCUUCUACAAUCGCAAGCAGUCGUUUGAUUACCAGUCUGUGUGUGAGCGGCUGACGAACAAUGAAGCUGGGGCUGCACACAGAGGAGUGUUUGUGCCCACAAUUGCAGAUUUUGUUAAUCUAGCAUGGUGGACAUCAGCUGCUGCAUGGUCCUUAUUCCAGCAGCUUUUAUAUGGACUGGCCUACCACAGCUGGUUUGUCACAGAUGAGGUGGAUGCAGACGGAAUGGACUUAAAAGAAAGGAGUUGUGUAAUGAUCCAGACCCAGUAUUACUUAAGUAAUCUCACCAGUUCCUACAACAUUCUGCAAGACUGUGGCAACUGCUCCAGGUUGAUUCAUGCCAAGAGGAUAAACAACACCAACCUGCUGUUUGUGGUAGCAGAAAAGAUUCUGUGUGACUCCUGCGAGAUAGAGCGUCUCUCCCAAGAGGUGGAAGAGUUCAAAGAGGAGAACCCAUGUGAAGAAAUGACUGUGGCACGUUAUCGAAAAGGACCCUCCACCUGCUUCGACAACAACAUUGCUGAGAACACAUCAGACUGCGGGCGAGGUCACGCCUUCCGUCCGCCCCUCUACACUUUACUGCUCAUUCAGCUGCUGCUGCUUUAUCCGGCUUUUAGUCCCCACGUUCACUCUCUUCUACAUUAAUUCCAUUCUCUUGCGCUUACCCUACUUUUAUCCCUCCUCCGCUUCUAUCCCCUUCUUAAAACUCUCUCCCACCCCACCCUCAUUCCCUUACACCCUUCCCCCCUGGUAUAGUCAUAGGUAAUAAUGGGACUUCCCGUCACAGCAAGUCGGAAGCCCGGAGUGCCGCACUACCCGGUCUGUUUCGCUUUGUGACAACUGCCAGAUGUUAUUGUCCUCAGCCAGUUAACCUUCAUCUGCAGGAAGAGGGGGUGUUGCCAGACCACCUGGACCAUCAGAGGCAACUCAGAAAAGAGAAAACAACAGCCCCAUGAGCACCUCACAAUCCCGAUUAGGAGGGGAGAUAAAGACAUGUAGAUCUUGCCAUUACAGACCUCACACCAUGUAAAGACUGGAAAAUCGAAGUUGCCUCUCCGCCUACCACCUUCAACAGGACUUCUCCUCCUUUGUCUCCUCCAUCUAGAGUCUCAGUACUCCAGUAUAUGCCUCUGGUGAGGCUGUGGACCAUUCAGCCAGUUAUAGCCACCAUUGAUGAAUAUAACAGAAAAAAAAGUAUACAAAAGUAUACAAAAUGUCUAGUAUUUACUGCUGAAGUGACAACUAUUCCAAAAAUACAGCAUAUUUAGAUCGCAAUUUGAGAAGGAAGUUAAGUGGUAACGUAAAAAAGAACAUUUAUGCGCUACAUCGGUUUGCCAAAAUGAGAUAUACUUUGACGUUGUCUUAUUUUUAUAGCCAAAACACGAUGAAAAAAUGUAUUUAGAUUUAGGAUCAACCACAAGAGGAAGAGGAAACACUCAGCAGCUGAAUACUGACUCAUUUUGUGCAGCUCUUAAUUACAGAUGAAUGCUUUUAAAAGGCAUCCACAGUGGAUUAUUGUAAUUACAUGUUGGUAAUCACAUUUCUUGAUGUGUUUUUCGUCAUAUUUACUAUUAAGUGGUAGUGCUUUUGGCUCACCGGCCAGCUGUAAAAUAUGAAUCAGUGUUCGGUUGCUGCAGGAACAUUGUUGAUGUCUUGUAGUAUUCUCCUUAACAAUUAAUUAACCAUUCUGACCUCGAGAUUAGACAGAUGUUAAAAAAAAAAAAGUAUUUGUGCCCUCUGAUAAGAAAUUCACCUCUGCCAAUCCUCAUGAGGCUUCUCUUCUCCAUCAACUCUCCUAAUCACUGUUUGUGUAUGUGCUUUACAUCUGAUCUGACACACACAGAGCCUGACUGUAUUUAACAGGAGGUCUUUACUUUGCGAUGGGGCUUUUUUUUCUUGGCUUGUCCAGCCUUUGACUAAUGCUGUUCAAACUUCAAAACCAUCCGCUGCAGGGGGAAUAGGGGCUUAUGAGUAUUUCCAGCUAAAGUGCAGAAGAGGCCACUAAAUAUGGUGAUCAAGUACAGUAGUAGUCUGGUCGUAAUCCAUCACAGUUUGUCAUUAUUCAUCGCAAUGUGUGAAAAGUUGUUUAGACUCCCAUGUUUAGGAGCUGCUCUGUUUCAUAGUGCCUUGAUGCACUUUGUUUUGGAACGCAUCGGCUGUGUAAGUGUAGAGGUACUGUAUAGCACUCUGAGAGUGGCUUCAGAAGCUACAGCAGACUGAAGCUGUUGGCUGUAGAACUAGUUUAUUUCUGCCCUCGUGGCUGUCAUUGCUGUUCUACUCUAGAGCCUCGUGCUUGUCAUCUUAUGGAGUUACUAUACUGUUCCUUUACAAAGCCAUGUAUAGAGCUAUGAUACACUAUCGGUAUACAGCCACUUAACUGGCCAUAAAGUGUUUUUUUAGGGCCACCUGACUCCUAUAGUUCUGCCUGGUUCGUAUGUAUUUGUGUGUGGAUGUAUGUGUGUUAGUUUAAAAACCCUCAAAGGGAACGUCUUUUAAAUGAGAGUGUGGGAGAUCACAGUUGUGCUAGCAUAGCUGUUUUUUCCUGUUUCUGUGUUGCAACAGAUAAAAUCCAGUAUUGUGGUGGAGGAGAAAAAAAUGGAUUUUACCGAAAACAAAAAGAUGCAUCUAUUACUAUCAGUCUGCUUAAAUAUUAAUAUAAAGGAUCAGAGGUGAAAGAAUGUGUAGUUCAUCAGUGUUUUCUGUUCAAAUGCAGCAAAGUUAACAAUGCCUCUCUAAAUGCCUUAGUGUUAUACAAUGUGGAGCUCUGAUAUCCCACAUGUAGUCUGUUUCACACACUCAAAUGGAUCUCAGAAUCCUCCCUCCGCUGGCUUUUCUUGGUGUUAUGCAGUAAGUAUGGUGAGCUCUGGUUUAGCAUUUCUCCCUCUCAGUAAUCAUCAGUUAUGAACCUAAGCCUGUUUAAUUACAUACUCCAGAGUCAGUAGGAGUUUCUCAAUUUUAAAAGCAUCUGACCUUUGAUGUUUAGGUGGGAUGACUCGCACAAGAAUCUGAACCUUCAACACACACUCAAUUGUAGGUACUAUUUGAUUUGGCAAAUCAUGCUGGUACAGUAACUGCAGCUCAGCUCUGAAUACACAGGAGAAAAUCAUUUUUGACUGUUACAGGAACUAAAAUUGAUGAUAACUAUAUCUAAUUUGGCUCUUCUUUUAGUCUCCGCUGAUGCUUGAUGCAGUUUUACUUUCCUGGCAUUCAUUUGUCUCUGUCCUGUGCCAUUAUACCUCUCUGUAUUUCACUAUUUCCACUGUCUGUAAAUUUACGCUACACGUGCCUGUGGAAAUGUACCCCCAGCGACUUUCUCUCUUUUCCUGGAUCUGUAUGGUCUCACACAUUCUGAAUAAGUAGGCCUAUACUUUGUGCACCUGCACUGAGAAAUUAUGCACACACACACCUGUGAGGAAACAUGUAAUGACACUUAUUCAUGCCCAGCUGGGGGGAUGUCAAACACAGGACAGAAGUGAGGCAGUGAGAGACGUCACUCCCCAGGUGUUUUCUGCGAGUGGGCAGGAUGUCAGAGGAAAGCUCAGGGAGUGGGUUUCCACAGAGCAGCACGGGCCUGUUAAACGGAGGGUCGUGUCAAUGGACACACGCAUCUGAUUUCUCUGCUUUGACAAUUUUACUUUUGCCAAAAAAAAAGAAAAGAGCAUAAAAACUAAGAAAAACAGAAAAUUGGGCCAGCUUGGGCAUGAGAGGGAGGGGUCAGCUUUAAAACAUCACCUAAAUAAAAUAAGUGAAGGAGGGUUUUCCUGAAGCGCCCUCCCCACCCUCGCUGCAUCUGUGUUGGUGCAUCUCUGUGGGAAAGACACGUACGUAUGUGAUUCUGUAGUCUGUAGUCUGGUGCUAUGUGACCAUGUUUGUGAAAAAACAUUUAGAAAAAAAAAACGUAAAAUCAGUUGAACUUAAAGUGAAGUAAAAAAAAAAAAAAAAGCACAGUUUUAGAUCUGACGUAAAAAUGUU